UCUCGUCGGAGAAUCCUGAAAUAUUUACUGUCAACUUUCUCGCAGUAUUUCGUACUGAAUAAUGUGUAACUCCACCCGACAUUAUGACCUCUGUGGUCAAUCACGCAAGCUUUGAUAAACACAUAAGAAACUUCCCAAAGAUAUCGUUAUGUCAUUGAGAGUAAAUAAUUUCCAAUGAUUCAAUUUUAUUUUGUCGUAGACGGAUUCAAAUUUAUUUGUAUGACACAGCAAUAUAACGUCAAAAUGGCUCACUGCGGUUUACGCAAAAAUAUGCAUAUGACAUACGCAAUUUUCCAACUUGACUAUAUCCAUCAAACCUGAAAACUAAACAUUCGAAAAACGUAUGUAAUUCACAGUACCGACGAUGUCUAAUCCCAAAACAGGUUAUUAGAAUCAUUGGAAAAAAAAUCUGAGCUAACAUACAGGUGCGCAGCAUUACAUAAAUAACCAACGUAAAAAAAGUCAAAAAGUGACUUGCGCAAUUUGUUUUUUAGCAAGACGAUGAGCUACUUUCUCCUCGGAACGAUUUAUAAUUGAGUCCUCGAUUCUCUCAAGUAAGAGAUAUUCUCAAUCAGUUCACUCUGUAAAUGCGUUUUCUCGACCACGGUGGACAUUUAUGGCAUCAUUAUCUGCAUUGAUCUCGGAAUUAUAGUAACUUGCAGCUUACGUCUAACGGUGCCUUUUGUUACGAUAAUGGAAAUUAGUGGAAGAGUGAGAUUACGGGUUAUUAUCAAUGUUAUAGAAUUUUUAUUUUGGAUUAACGAAUACAUUUCCAAAUCGCUUUCCAUCACAUAUGAUUGAUUAAAUGAAUAACUAUUGAAUACCAGUCAAUAAGACACAUUUUUUACGAUAUGUGAACGAAUGUUUUUGGUACGAAUAUUUGGCAACGUGGCACACUUCACCCAAAGAAGGGUUAUCGAUUGAAACGAAACCUCAUCAGAUGGCAUCCUCCACUUCCCACAAGGACAUUGCCUGGCUAAACACUUACGAUCUGAGGAUUAUUGAGCAUUCCGGAUCUGCAGGCUUUCAGAUAUCGUAAAGAAAAAUAUAAAUAGCAAGGAUUGAGCCGGCAAAUGACCCAUUCCAUUCUAGAACUCGUCGAGUGCAUCUGAACACUGAGCCUCCCUACCGAAGCAAAAAUGAAACUGUGGAUCUUUCUUGCCCUCAUUGGGUUGUCUGCCGCUGCUCCAUCCCGCAAGUUUAUUGUCAAAAAAGUAUACGAUGAGGUUGCUGGAUGCUGGGUUGCAGAUAAAAUUGUGACCGACCCUGAUGAGAUUGCCGCAAUUAUGGCAGAACGCGGAGACAGUAUCACUCGUGUCGACGGGAAAACACUUGCAGAAACUAAAGUUGGAGAUGUCGUCAACGGAGAACCUAUUCCUUGCAAUAUCGCAGAAUUGAAAGGACCAGCAAUAAGUCUACCAAAAGCUAAGAUCAAUGCACCAAGCCAAACAAAGAAGGUCAUUAGAAAACCAUGCUUCAGAGGAUACGCUCCCGUCACCUUGAAAGUAGAUGGCGUAAGCUGGAGAUGUACUCAUGUCGGAAGAAGCCAGAGAGUAGCACCAUGUUUGCCUAAUGGUCGUGUUCUCAACCGUGCCUGUGAAAAGAGUAUCACCCCAUGUGCAGCUCCCGAAAUUGUGAUUGUUGACGAACCCUGUAUCGCAGAAGUAACCAAAAAAGUUGUUGCACCAUGUGAAACAAAAGUCGUUGUACCAUGUGAAACAAAAGUUGUUGUACCAUGUGAAACCAAAGUUGUUGUACCGUGUGAAACCAAAGUCACCGAGAGAAAAAUCGUGGCUCCUUGCCUAGACUUUAAACUUCCAGAGGUCAAAGUAUCAGCAAGUGCUGGCGCGGGAGCGACUGCCUCUGUGGGUGACCACAGCGUCUCUGCUUCGGCCAACGUGAAAUUGCCCGAAGUUGAUUUGAGCAAAAUGGCAACUGGAUGUGGUGGCAAAUUCUCAGCCAGCUUCAAGUCGUCCGCUUCGGCUUCAGCUUCUGCACAAUCAUCAAGUUCUUUCUCCUCAUCAUCAUCGAGCUCUGUCUCCACCUCCACCAAGUAAAUCUGCGAUGGAGAAGAAUUAAAGUAGAGUAGAGUUAUGGGUGCACCAUGGAUAUUGAAAAACUGUAGAAAGAAAAAUUAAAAAAACCUGCACUUUCGUUUUUAAUAUUGUCAAUAUUUGCGCGAAUUUCUUUUUCACAAUUUCAUUCUUUGAUUGUGUAUUGUUUGUCCUGUUUUGUUUGCCAGAGUGCGCAAUCAGUAUUGUAACGUUAUAGCGAUUUAAAACAUUUUUCAAUAAUACGUGUUCAAACCGGGAACAGCGUUUAACUAGCAAUGGCCCUGGAUUAAUCAUGUAUGCUAUGAAGUGUUGUUUCUGAUACGUUUUCGUUAUGAAAUCGAAAAAUCUUUUUCUAUUACUUUUGUCUAUUGUGUUGUUUUCUAAAGUGUUUCGUUCAAUUUUCAAUAAACUCGUGUCUUGCA